CUUAUGCGGAUUGAAGUUAGUCAUUAUUGUUUUUGUGUGAAAAGUGAUUUGUGAAAAAACUGUUUUUAGCCAUGGAUUCCUUCUUCAGCCUGUUCGACCCUUCGGACGGAGCCAACAAGGGCCAGAGCAGGAAGAAACACCGCACAGAGCAGGACAACGUCAAGAAGAAAGCUGACGCGCACGCGCCGCCUAAAGGCAGACGCCGAGGCCGCCGCAGCCAUAAGAACGAAACCCUCCCAGAGGAAUCGUCGUUCCUCUGCGAGCCUGAGCUCAGCACUGAUCUGCUGGUGAAGGACGGCAGCUAUAUCGAGAGCUACAUCGAGGUCAACAAGAAGGAUGAAGACAAAGACGACAAGAAGCCCAAAAGGCGCAACUCCGGCCGCAAGAAUCGACGGAAAAAGAACAAAAUAUCUCCAGCAAAAGACUUACCUUCAUCACAAGCUUGGACCGAAGACCCAAACCCUACUAGCUGGAACAACCAGUCCUCAGUAUCUAAAAUUUGCGACGAAAAUAUCGGAAAAAACGUCAACGAUCUAACUGACAAAAGUAAUAAGAAAGAAGACUACGACAAAACUGUCUAUAAGGUGAUAGAUAAGUUAGAAAAAGUGGGGCUAAAAGAUGACAUGUAUUUGGCGGGAGAUUUCAAUACGGAGGAGUUGGAGAAUGACUUCUUUUAUAGUUCUGAUGAUUUGGAGGACUCUUUUGAUGACACGUCGUCAGAACCUGACGAUUCAAGCGAGGAAGUGUACGGCAGUCUACCACCAGAGCCUCGCUUCGGGAACGUGGAGUACAAACUACAGCUCGUAGCGCCGUGCGAGAGAAGAUUCCAGCAUUUGGUGACACAGCUAAAAUGGCGUCUCCGCUCCGGCGGCGGUAGCGCAGUCUACGUGUUAGGCGUCCGCGAUUGCGGAGCGCUUCGAGGACUCCGAGCGAGAGCCCUCAGGGCCUCGCUGCACUCUCUCCGCAAGAUGGCGGCCACACUGGACGCGACUCUGACGCACGUGACGGCGAGACGCGUGGCGCCGCACCGCGCCGUCGCCGAGGUCUACGUCAGGAAGCUAGCGGACACACAACAAAGCGUGGAACUAAGAGUAGCAGUAAUGGGAGCGAACGAAGCCGGCAAGUCCACCCUCGUAGGAGUGCUAACUCAGGGUGAAUUGGACAACGGCCGAGGCAGUGCUCGUCUGAACAUGUUCCGGCACUUGCAUGAAGUUAAGAGCGGUCGCACUUCUUCACUUAGCCACGAGAUACUCGGCUUCGAUGCUCAGGGUAACGUGGUGAACUACGGAUGUUCGGAACUGAUGACAGCGGAGCGUAUUGGCGAGAGAUCUGCCAAGCUGGUGUCUUUCCUGGAUCUAGCAGGACACAGCAAGUAUCAGCGGACUACGCUACACGGGCUGUCUGGGUACUGUCCACAUUGGGCCAUGCUGCUGAUAUCAGCCACAGCCGGUAUCACCCGCAUAACAGAGGAGCACCUAGGGCUCCUGCUAGCGCUGGACCUGCCUUUCUUCGCCGUCGUCUCCAAGUGCGACAUCGCCGCGGCCGGCGUGCAGCCCGCGCUGCGACGGUUGGCCGAGCUGCUCAGACCACACGGGAAGAAACCAUUCCUGAUCACUGAUGAGAACUUAGCGCGGAACUGCGUGGCGCCACAGAACUUGAUACUGGACACCAUAGACAACGGGGAGGAUGGGGCGCCCGUGCAAAAGGAGGAGGAAUCACCUCUAGAAAGGGUGUGCGUGUUUCCCGUAUCGUGCGUGCGUGGGAGCGGUCUCAAUGCGCUACACGCUUACCUACUAGCGCUACAGCCGCCGAAUGCUAGGCACACCGCGCUACACGAAAGCUGCGAGUUCCAAAUCGACGAGAUUUUCCACGUGGGGGAUACAGCGGGGCCAGUUGUAGGUGGACUUAUGACGCGAGGACAACUGUACGAAGGCGAUCGCCUCAUCAUCGGUCCAUUCGAAACGGGCGAGUUCCGUCAGAUAUCAGUCCGCACAAUCUACCGCAACCGCGCUCGUUGCGGUGGCGUGCGAGCGGGACAUUGUGCCAGCCUCGGGCUCGCGCUCCCGCCGGGACAAGGGUCUGUCAGGCUGCGAGCGGGAAUGGUGCUGUUGGGAGCUCCCGAGGGAGACGCCAAGCCGGUCAAGUUUGGCGCUUGCGUGGGCGCUUGCAAGAGCAAUGACCAGGCUAAAGAAAUAGUGCUAAACCAUCAACAGAACGCCAAAGACAAGAAGAAUCGCAAAAACGUUCGCCGGAAAAACAAGAACCUACUCCAAGACCUGGCCAACGUCGAGAACUGCCUGACGAAGGCCAUAGACAACGACCAGAACAUCUACAAGUCGGACAGCGAGAGCGUGGACAAGAUAGAGGAUGCUUAUAGAUCUGACAGUGAAGGCGAGAAGGACAAAUCGGACGGGGAGUGCACCUGCCGAGACGCGGUCUUACUGGAAGACCCCAACAAUCCAAGGGGCUGCAUAUUCUUCCAGGCGUCAGUGCACGUGCUAAGGCACUCCACAGCGAUUUAUCCUGGUUUCCAAUGCACAGUGCACGUUGGAAACGUGCGACAGACUGCUAUCAUCGAGGGCAUCCUGUCCCGCAAUAACGAGGUGCGAGCGGGAAGCGGCGCGUCGCUCGUGUUCCGUUUCACGCGCAAUCCUGAAUACCUGGUCACGGGCCGGCGGCUGCUGCUUACGGCGGGACAGGGGACCAGAGGCAUUGGGAGAGUGACGCAAGUAUUCCCCUACGUCCCUUGAGCGACAUAACUGAACAUGUCAGGAAUAAACUGAAUUAUUAUUUUGCCGAUCGGCA